CAAUUGUGUUUUAAAUUAUAACUAUAAAUUAAAUUAUAUUGUAUAAUUCGCUAAACAAUAAAAAUGAAAUAUUUUAUAUUACUUAUGAGUUUAAUUUUUCUAAUAGAAUGGAACACUUGUGAUGCCAAAGCAGAACUUGGAAUAGCACCAUGUACGUAUUUAGGUAGUUAUGAUAUCUAUGGAUACUACUGUCCAAAAGCAGCCAUGGAUCCUAUUUCUUUACCAAAAAAUUGUACUUCAUUUGUUUAUGAUGCUGGAGUAUUAUUUGAUGAUGAAUCUGCAAAUGAUUUGGGUUCAAUUGAUGAUUAUAAUAUAAAAGCUCUUUUAAACACGGAUAGACCACUGUAUUUAUAUAUUCGUUAUGAUAAGUCACAAUGUUCGACGGAUAAUGCAGAUAAUACAACAUGCAAAAUAAAUAACAUAAAACACCUUUUAGAUAACUACAAUAUAAUGGGGUUUAUUCUAUUUAAUUUAGAAUUGGAGUCAAUCAUUAAUUGUGAUGACAAAUUAAAACAAUAUGUAAGUAUAGUAAAACAAAAUACUUCUCGUCAAAUUGGAUUAUAUGUGAAUGCAAAAAACAUGAUAGAUGAUACUAACAUUGCAACGGCUACGGGUUGGUUUGAUUUUGAGAAGUUGAAUAAUCAUAUGGAUUAUUAUAUAAUUGGAUUUCACAAGUUUAAUCCAUGUAAUGAUCUGUUUAAAGGUGGAAUUGUUCCGUUGAAUAAUAGCAAUUAUUCCUUGACGACACUUGCAAAAGCUUUGAACAAAUCAAAGAUUGCCAAGGAUAAAUUGUAUCCUCUAUUUACAAUAAUUCCAACUGUUAAUGACACAUCGACUGAAAAUCUACCCUCUUGCUGUGUGACAUAUCAAAAAUAUUGUGAAAAUGACCACUAUAAUACAUAUUGGUGUGCUGAUAAUGCUGAUUCAUUGUAUCAAAAAGGUAAAUUUGCGAAAGACAUACAUGCAAAAGGAAUAGUAAUUAGAUAUAUUGAUACAAUUGACCCAGCUGCAACAUGUGGUUGUAAUAAUCAAGAUAAGUUUAUAUCUUUUUCAAUGAUAUUACGUGGUUAUUUAAGUGAAGAUCCUAUCAAAGACUGCGCCAAGUUAAAUAAUAUUACUGUUACUUAAAUCAUUUUAAUGAUUAAUUAAAUUCAUUAAACUUAUUCAAACUUAAUUCAUCUAUUAUAAAAUUGAUCCAUAAUAGCAAUUAAUUUGUUAUAGCUAAAUACAUAUAUUCAUUUGUAUAAAAACCGAUUUCUUUUUAUUCAAAUGAGUAGUAAAAAAAAUUAGAUCGCUUAUGUAAGCAUGAUUGUCAUCGUUAUUUGUUUAUAGAUAAUAUAAAAAUAUAAGCUCAGAGUCGUCUGAAAAAGUUUUCGAGAAAGUUUAACUGCAUUAAUUUUUUAAAUAGAAUAAAAAAUAAAAAAAUAUGUUUAAAGUAUAAAUAAUAUAAAGAAUACUAGAAUAUAUUUAUUUACUUCACUGAUUUAAGCCAUGGAAUGGAAGAUGGCUCAUAACCUAUUGUUGUACUUAAAAAAGUUCGAACCGUUCAUAAUUCCUUUAUCAAUUGUCAAACAUCCAUAAACAGAGUGUAUCACGAUGUUCUUAGAAAUGAAAUUAUUUGUGUCCUAAUCAUUAUUUUCAAAUUUGUUUUUUUCAUAAAAUUAAUACACUUGUGCUAUACGUAUAAUAUAUACUUUUUUAUUUUCAUUUUUUUGUACAGUAUAUGAUAUAAAUAAAAUAAUAAAUUGCUAUGCAUUGAAUUCAUUGGGGUGCCUAACCCACUCGAGGCGACAAGGCCCAGCAGGUGCGUAAUAAAAAUGGAUGAGGGGAGGGAUAUUGCCGGUCAUAUUCAUUUUAUGGUUGGCGGGGAGGGGAUGGCGAAGCCUAUCGGAGACAGCGGCCUCCGGAUCAGAUUGCUGUCUUUCCUCCAACUGCUUCCUGGAUUAAAUUUAUUCUUUCAGUUUUAAAAAAUGUCUUUGAAUGCGCGCCCGUUGCGCCUCCAUUUCAACCGUAACAUCGGGUUCGCAUGGUACCUCUGGUAAUAAUUGUUUGUAAUAAUUUAUUUCCUAUUUAAAUUAUUUAAUUUGAUUAUAACAAUCCCAUUUCAGGUGUCAAAUUGGGCGAUAUUAAUGUACGUUAGAUUUUACGAGUGAUUAUGAGAGCUGAUGAUAAGUGUUGUUUGCGGUAUUUUCUCAUAUUAUUCCUUAUUGAUCGUCCGGAGUUUUCAUGUAUUUUUACCGGGCCCUUGAUUCCCGACGGUGUGUUCUUUGUAUAUUAAUCAAUGAAUCGGAUACCGACAUGUUAAUCAUGGCCAGAUAUACACAUAUACCGAUGACUUCGUACCAAGAGUCUGUAAUGUGAUGGUGCAAUGCGUGCUCUUAAGUGGUCGACGAUGCGCGAUAUACCGACUAGAUAAUAAUAUAGUUACGUGAAUUUGCUCGGCUAGAUGUGCUACGGUCUGCGCGUGUUGUCGUCCCGUUUCUUCCCACCUUCUUGUAGAGCUCACCCGUUUAAUUGAAUUUUGAGAUUCUAUGUAAGUUGAUGAGUAACCGAUGACAUUGACGAUAUUAUGAUUGAUGCUUUUUUAUUGCCAGCUUCGGCACUCAUCAAAUAAUGCAUAUUUUUGAGUUUCAUCGGUCAUUAUUAUUUACAGGAGUAACUUAAUGAUGCAUCAAACCAAUCACUAAAUUUAUAGCGUUCCCCCAAUUGUCUAUACUAGUGUCGAUUAAAUGAUAAUUUUAUGUAUACUAAAGAAAAAAUUAAAUACCUCCCCUGCGGUAUCCUUACAACUCGCUAGCAUCAUCUAACUUUGACAAAGCAAACCUUUUUGCAUCAGACCUUGAGAAUAGAUUUUCACCACACCCAAAAUUACCCAUCAGUAGCCAAUACUUUAAUAUUGAAGCCUCUCUUUUAAACACUCUCCCGAUGUGAAGACGAAACUCCCGAACCACAUCCAAUAAAAGCAGGCGUUCCUCAAGGCAGUAUCCUAUCCCCGACUCUCUAUAAUAUAUAUACAGUAGACUUACCCCAAUCUAUUAACACCACUCUAGCUACCUUAGCCGACGACACAGCCAUAAUCUCAACCAACUCCGAAAUAGCCACCGCUGUUAGCGACCUCCAAGACCACCAAAUCCAACUACAAGAUUGGUUCACCUUAUGGAAAAUCAAAAUCAACGAAAACAAAUCCACUCAUAUCGCCUUUACCCUCAGACCUAAAACUAUCCCCCCGGUUUAUAUUAAUAAACAAAUAAUUCCAAUGGCCAAAUCGAUCAAAUACUUAGUUCUCGCUUUUGACCAAAGAUUAACUUUGGCUGAUCACAUCAAAGCUAAAAGAACUUCACUUAACCUCAAACUUCACAAAUUAAGACCACUUCUCCGAUCCAAAACCUCUCUCACUAAUAAAAUUCUAAUUUAUAAACAAAUUUUACGUCCCGCAAUGACAUACGGAAUUCAACUGUGGGGAAGCAUGAAAAACUCUCACCUUAUAUCAAAUUUCAAGCGUUCCAAUCAAUAACUCUACGUGUCCUUUCCAAUGCUCCCUGAUAUGUCAGUAACCGCAACCUACACCACGACCUCAACUUACCAUCAAUAUCCUCUCUUGCAUCCCGUAAUUAUAACAAAUUCCAUAAAAAUACAUUUAAGCACUUUAAUCCGCUCAUAACUAAACUCUCUUCUUGCACAAUACCAGACAACCCCCUCCGUCGUCUCAAACGCAAAUGGCCGCGUGAUUCACUAAAUAUUAUUUAUUAGCAUAUAUUUUUAUAACAUUUUAUCUCCCCCCCAAGUUCAUAAAUUGGAAGUAGUGUCACUGGACGCUGCCUUCCCUCUCGUUGUCACGUCUAGUAAUCUAUUUUAUCUAAUUUACUUAUUGUUUUUUCAGAUUGUAAAUAUAUUUUGUAAAUAAAUAAAACGGAAAUUCGAAUACAAUCUAUAUAAGCCCUGCUUUUCGGCAGGGGACUUCUAUGACUUUCGUUAUAACGAGAUUUUUCGUUUUAUUGAUACUCGUUCUAACGGGAAUUAUACUAUUAGUAUACCUAGGUAUAUUUAUACAUACAACAUAUUAAUAUACUAUUAUUUUACAUUAUCGAUGACCUGGUAAUAAUAAUAGGCUGAACUAGCCUUCAUGUUCAGCCGUAAUUAUAUUUAAACAUGCCUAUACCUUAUUCGAACUACCUAUCACUUCAAUCAAGAUUUUUGUGGGUAUACGUCCCAGUUAACCAUAUAUUAAUAUAAUACAUAUAUAGUUAUAUUAUAAUAAUAAAAUUUAAAUACUGAAGUUAUUGUUUCACGUGAUCACGCCAAUACACCAUUAUAAUAGACCAUAGUACAUGUACGAGGGUGGGCUGAUAAGUAAUGCCUCUUGACGCGUAGUUUUUAAAGUAUUAUACAUAGAAUAAUUAAUGAAAAAACACGUAUAGUAAAUUAAAUGAUUUUUAUUAACAUCCUAUUAUUUUUCAACAUAACUACCUUCUAAUGCGAUACAUUAUUGCCAACGAUUUACUAAUUUAGAAAUGCCGUUCAAAUAAAAUUCUUUGGGUUGAGCAUUGAACCAUCGUUUAACUUCACCUUUAACUUUCUCGUCAGAAUUGAAUUUUGUACCCUUGAGAUGUUCUUUAAGCUUAGGAAACAGAAAAAAAUCACAUGGUGCAAAAUCCGGGCUAUAGGGUGGAUGUGGAAUGACUUGAAAUCCCAGUGAUUCAAUUACUGUCAUUGUGGCACGGCUGCAAUGAGGUCUCGCGUUGUCGUGAUGAAGCAAAAGUUGGGUUAAAUUUGGUCUGACACGCUUAAUCCUUGUUUUCAGCCUUUUUAGUGUCUCUAUGUAUCGUAUAGAAUUUAUUGUUGAUUCUUUCUCAAAGUAUUCAGUGUGGAUCACACCUUUUGAAUCCCAAAACACAGUCAACAUUACUUUCCCAGCUGACGCUUGAACUUUAAACUUCUUUGGGGCCGGUUUUGGGCUUUUCCGACUUCAGAACCUUUAACCCGUAAUGCCCAACGACGAACAGAACUUACAUCGAGAAUUUGAUUUCAAUAAACCGCAAGCAGACGUCUAUGAAUAUCGACUGUCUUCACAUUUUCUGCAACUAGAAAUUCAAUAACAGCACGCUGUUUGAACCGCACAUCUGAAGGGGCCGUCAUUAUAGAUUUCAUAAAUAAUAAAAUAUUAACAUUACACUAUCGAGUCUUCGUUCACACUAAACCAACGACAUAAACUAUUAUAUUGAGGACAAAUGACAAUUUUAUCGUACAUCUAAAAAAACUAUGAGAUAAGAGGCAUUACUUAUCAGCCAGCCCAAGUAUUUAUAUAAUUAGGUCCAUCUAAUUAAUAUAAAUGUUAUUGUGCGAGAGGUAGCACAAGAAGCCGGCGUAACGAGUGUACGUGUGUAUGUGUGUGUGUGUGUGUGUGUGUGUGUGUGUGUGUGUGCGCGCGCAACGACGACGGCCUACACGCAACCCGCUGUACGUGAAUACUUACGUCAAUUGUCGAUAACCCUGUAGGUUGGGAAAAGUGUACUGUAUAAUAUUAAGGUUGAUUCAAAUAAAAGUAUUUAACUACAAGAUCGAUGUUGAGUACGAGAUCCCUAAGAUGUCAACAACAAUAUUUAAUGGAAUAGAAAACAUUAGAGUAGAUUUAUUGACGUUCCGCAAAUAAUAAAUUAUAACAAGUGUUAGUCAAUUGUUUAGCACAAUCACAACCCGCUCGGCUAGAUUAAAUAAAUGUAAAAUAUAAAUAUAAUAUGCCGUACCACAAUGGUGACGAGCAGAAUAAUAAUAAUAAAAAUAAAUAACAAAUAAAGGAAAAACGUUUAUGUACGACCUGUUUAUGUUGGUGAUGACGGUGGUUGUUGUUGUCGUUGUCCAGGCACAUGGAUGGAACGGCACGCAGGGACCGACCAGACGGUGACACUCCACCGAACGUCGGUUGGGCAACACGGGUCAACGACCGCGUAUACGUAUUGCGUACGAGCGCACGGGGGUUUAUACUUUGUAUCGCGGACACAAGAUAUACGAGUUGAUGCGAUUGACUGUAUUCCUAUGUUAAAUAGUAAUACGGCGAGAACAACAAUCAACCGUGUUCGCACUUCGUUGAACAAACGGAAGCACUCGUCGCGAACGGCUUCGGUCGCACUGCGAGAACUCGGACGGGCGAUAGCACGAAUAAGCGAAAGGAGGUAUUUGCUUGGCGUAAAAGCCGGAACAAAAUACAAAUAAUAAAAUCGCGGACACGGAACGUGUGCGGCACGACGAUGAGUGCGACAGCUCGGAUGCGCGUAAACCAAAGGGCGGAAUACGGCGAUGGCGCAACGGUUUUGCGAUGACAAACGAAAACAUAGACUGCUUCGUUAGACGGACGGUAAAAGACAAAGGACACGGCGGCGGGGGCGGCAGCAUCAGCGGUCAUCGGCUAGACCGAGGCGGUACGGUCCCCUUCCGGAGAGACAAAGUUUACACGGAGCUGUGUCUGCUGUACAUCGCCAGGGUGGCAACGUUACGACGUAGGACUUGUCGCCGCAUCAAAUUAAAAUAUUAAAACGUGUAUCCAACAUUUCCUCCCGCGUUGAAAGACGCAGCUGUCUUCCGAGAACCACAUCAUGGAGAAGUUGAUUUCGAAGACUAACAGGACGUACGUAUUACAAGGUAGAAAAUAAUAAACAAAUUGAAUUGUACCAAGUACAAAUUAACAUAAUAAAACAUAUAGGGUAGGUACCUAGCACUCAACCCGAUCAAUGAAAUAUUAAAUAUUAUUUAUGUUUGA